UAGAUGCAAACACACUGUCAGGGGAGAGCCAGAGGCCGUCUGUGCCUGCCAUCGCCAUGAAAAGAAGAAGCCUCCGGUCUGUCUGUCUGCUUGUCUUUGUCAUUUUCCAAGAACUAUAUGGCUUACAAAUACGGAACAAGCUGCUGGGCCAAUGCUUGCAGGUGGAAGAAGGUACUCGAGUUUCACUAGGAAAAUGCAACUCAUACUCAACUUUACAGGAAUGGCGUUGGUUGCCAGGGAGCAAUGCUCUGAGCAGCCAGCCCACUGGAGAAUGUCUAACUGCACCAUUGGGGGAGUAUGAAGGUGUCCACUUGCAGCCCUGCAUCAUUGGAGCUGGAGGGGCUGUGCUGAAUAUGGGAAGAGAAGCAAGCAGCCAGGAAUGGGAAUGCUCAAAGAAAGGCCACCUCACUUUGACAGGGAGUGGCCAACACCUCACUGCUACGCAGGAAUCCACUUUGGUCUUCCUGUCAAGGGAGCAUAAGCAGGGCAGCAGGUGGCGGACACUUGACAACCAGACAUUGUGUAAUGGUAGAGAGAUCAGACAUAACCAAAACCAAGCUCACCACCAUGCGGAGAAACUGGAACUAAGUGGUAUCUCAGCUGGCAGUAUAACAGACUCCGAUGAUGGGACAGAGUCAUACUCUGUUAUAGAUUUGACUGAUUACUCCUUGAGCACCAAGUCCCCUGCAGAUCCCACCAUGAUUUUUUUCAGUAUGGACUAUGGGAUGGGAUGGAAGAUAACCAUGCUUGUGUUAAGCUCUUUGGCAUUGGUCCUGGGGGCUGUUAUUCUCAUCCUCAACGUGUACUCUAAUAGACGGAAGAAAGUGGUUUGUGUUUUGAAGUCUUUCACUCCGAGGCCUGAAAUGAGCCUUCCUGGCUCCCCGGUGCUCAGCGAGAGGGCCCCGCUGGCGGAGCACGCAAUGCGCCUCCCACACUCGUCCCCAACUUUACAGCGAGGAGAGAUCCUUAUUGAGUGGAAAGAUGGCUCUGUUACUCCACUGUAUGAGGCCUGAAGGCCCGUGGUGUUGAUAGAAAUUUAGAUGUGUGUAUUUCUUUUUCUCGGUAGCUUACACUGAAAUAUUGUGCAAGGACAGGCAUGUUAUCCUCUGAAAGUAGCAAAAGUAGUGAGCCAGCCAUCAAAACAAAGGCAGGUUUUCUUUUUUUGGUAAACUAUUAGUGUACUUUAGACUUUUCCAUAAAGGUGAAAGUUUAUAGAUUGUACGGGACUGUAUUUAAGGCACUAUCCAAUGUUUUUUUAAGAUAAAAGCUAUUGUGUAGCUGUCAAGAUAGGAACAGCCAAGUGUGAACGGUGCGAUAAGUUUUCAAAGAAACUGGGCCAUAACUUCUUGUGAGGAUUUGAAGGAAUGCUUGUAGGAUAAAAGGACUGAAAACUUAAAUCUCAAGCUUUCAGCUGUUGUUUGUAGUGCUGCUUUAAGCACCAUUUAAAGGUUCAACAAAGCUACCACUGCUUAAGUCUUUAGUCGCAUAAAUGCAUAGAGAACUAAUAUUUGUUUAAACUCUGUGAUAACCUGCCGUUCUGGUCCUUGGCUUUUGCAGACACAGUUGGGCUAAAAUUUCAGCACAGGUCUCUUUGUACAUAUUUAUAUAAUACUAGAAUUUCAUGCAAGUUUUGAAAACGUUAACUUCCAUUAAAAUGUUAAAAGCUCAGUGUUGCUGCUCAGAGCAAACAGUCAUUGGCUGUUUUGGGGAAAAUGUGAUUAUACUUGCUUUGAAGCUUUGUUGUGUUAUGAGAAUUACAACUGUCCGAAGCUGCUGGUAGGAAGCUGGUUUCAUAUCAUGGAUGUUGCAAUAUUAUGUAGCUUGCACUACAUAAUAUUGUUCACAUGCAGUAUAGACUUACACAUUGAAUGUACUGACAGCUUAAAGUAUUUUUUUCAUCUAUUGAGCUUUGCUAUGAACUUAUUUUUGAUACUGACAUGAAAUAAAGUGAUUAUAAUUAAUAAUAAAGUGCUUA